AUGGCUCCGAGAAGGGUGAGUUUCCUGCUCCUGGAUCUACUCUCACUGACAAUAUGUGGUUGAUUUGAAGUUUAGUAUCUUUAAAAUGUUAGAAACGUUUAGUUUAAUUCAUCAACAAAUAUUGUGUGCACUUCUAUAAAUCUAUUGUACGUGUUUUAUUUAUAGUGAUGCGGGUGGUUUUGUAUCCUGUUCUCUAAACAGGAAGUUAGCUUUCUGUGACUUUAAGUGUCAAACAACAGUCUGUAACUGAGGAGCAGCCUUAAUACCAACACUUGAUCAUAGGUGUAAAUAGACUCUUUGUAUACAAAUGUUAGACGUUUUUCAAAUUAGUGUUGGGCGGUAUGACAGGAUAUACCAUGUGAUGGUAUAAGAGUGUCUAUCGGUAGAAAUAUUGCUCUACCAUUUAUACAGAAGAGAGAGAGCAGAUGUCUGCUGCGUCUUUUUGAGUCAGUGUGUAGUUGUCUGUGCUCACUUACAGGAAUACUAUUAUAUAUAAACGAGUACUCGAGGCAGAGAAACAUCCUCUAAUGUUUUUUGUCGAGUUACUCAAGGAAUUGUUUCAGCCCUAAUUAUAAUCCCAGCAUCCAACAUUUAUUUGGUUUCAUCCAAACACAUCUGUAUCACUUAAAAUGUUUUAUUUUUUUAAUGUGUGAAGGAAUAAGACAGUGGCUGCCUCUAGUCUGCAGACAUAGACUCUAAAACCAGGAUCAUUUCAUAAACUGUAGUUCAACCAUUGUUUCUGUCGUAGAAGCGUAAACAUGGUGCAAAGCCUGGAGACCUGAUUGAGAUUUUCCGAGAUGGAUAUCAGCACUGGGUGGUCUAUAUUGGUAACAAUGAGAUUGUCCACUUGACUCGUGACGAUCCUGACGGUGAGUUUAGUGCAACAUUUUGCUAAAUUGUCUUAAAAUCGCGACCUUUGUCUAUCUCUCAUAUAAGCUGACUUUUGGAGACAUGACCUUUACUUUGACUUGAUCAGCCUGUAACAUGUGAGUAAUAUAAAUGUAAAAUGACAGUACAGACAUGGACUUGAUCAGUGUUAGUCUUGACUUUACCUGAACUUUUCUUGUCAUCUUCUUUUCUUUUCUUUAACUAACUUUCUUUACAUCUGUCUUUUUUUAUUAAUCACACACAUAUCAGGUGGUAAAAAGGCUCGUGCAAAAUCCCGGGUGGACGGCACGGGAGAGGUGAAGCGUGAAAAUAUCUGGGAUGUGAUUGGCGACAGUGAUUUCAAGGUCAACAACCAAUUGGAUGACAAGUACAAGCGCUGCAAAUCUGAAGCCAUUGUCAAGGAGGCCCGUGGUAUGGUCGGUGAAGAGCGUCGAUACUCUUUAAUCGACUCAAACUGUGAGCACUUUGCUACAGAACUACGAUACGGCAAGAAGGAGUCAAGACAGGUCGGUAUUCUCUGGCUAUAUUUCCUUCGAUAAUCGUGAACAACACAGUGGUUUUUUUUUGUUAGUUUUUUUUGUUGAUGCACAGUCUGAAAGCUGGAGCUAAAAACCGUCUACUUUGAUCUAAAUCACCCUGAUAAACAAACUGAUAGAGAAUGAAUGAGGAGAACUGUUUUUUUUUAACCGCUGCUCUUUAAAUGAAAUGUUUCCUUCGCAGGUCAGAGAUCGUCUAACCGCGGCAGGAGUUUUGGCCUCAGUUUGUACGUGCCUUCUAAUUGUUGUCACUCAUUUGUGCUUCUGCUGCCUCAAAAAAGAGAAGGAACAGUAA